AUGAGCGCCCGGGUCUUUCUCAUUCGUCAUGGCGAAACCGAAGGCACUCUGGGGAGAAAACAUAUCAGUACCAGUGAGGCUACUUUAUCGAAGUUAGGAGAGAAGCAGCUCGAAAGGACUCGGGAGCGGUACCUCGGUGAGGGCAAGCUGAUUGACCCCAAAAAGAUUUCACGCAUCUAUAUCACACCUGUGCAGCAAGCGCGCCGUACGGCCGAGAUCCUCCAGCUCGGCCUUCACGAACACCGGCACUUCUAUGACCGGACCGAGAAGAAGACGUCGACAACCGCGACUCCCCCAGUCACGGGGGACAUGGCAGACUCCACGAUCCAGAUCACGCCGAGCCUGGUGGAGUGGAAAUAUGGCGAGUACGAGGGCCUGACUGGCGACCAGAUCCGCGAAUUGCGGAAGCAACAGGGCCUGGACAAGGACCGGCCAUGGUUUAUCUGGCAGGAUGGUUGUCCUGGCGGGGAAUCGCCGCAACAAGUCUCUGAUCGCCUUGACGAACUGAUCGCUGAGAUACAAGGCGUGAUCCAGAGUACUGCGGCCCAAUGGCCGGGCGGCAACCUGGUCACGCAUGCUUCGGACGAGCCGCGGGAUAUCGUCUGUGUUGGACCGGGACAUUCGCUGGCUGCGUUGGCUAUGCGGUGGGUUGGCUUGCCGUUGGAGCACGGCGUGAGGCUUGUCCUUGAGCCAGCCAGUAUUUCUAUACUGGGAUUCGAGGAUGAGGAUCUCAGUUCCCCGUCCAUCAUACUGGGAUGGAGACCGGUGUAG